GCCUGGCCAGGAGGCUUUGGAAAUACAGCGGAUUGCCCUGCAGUCCUGAGCUAAAAAUGAUAAAGAAGGCGAGCGAUGUAUGCUCCAGCUUGACCCAGCCUUCCAUCUUCCAGUUCACCGGAGUCCUGUUCAACCCUCGACUUACUCGAAGACACCGCUGCGCCUUAAGAUUAAUACACGAUGUCCGACCCUACAAUGACUUCACAAUCUGUAGCCAUCCUCCAGGAGGAGGUGGACAAGCUUCGCCAUGAGCUCCAAACCCUCAACACCGACCACCCCUCUGACCUUGCCGACGAUCAAAUACGCAUCGCAGAUUAUCUUUUGGCGAGGCUCACUCAACUGGGUGUGACUGAAAUGUUUGGUUUGCCUGGUGAUUUUAAUCUCGGAUUCUUGGACUAUGUCGAGGACAACAAGUCAAUCGAAUGGGUUGGCAACUGCAAUGAACUGAACGCCUCCUAUGCGGCAGACGGCUAUGCUCGUGUUAAGGACGGCAGUAUCGGUGUUCUCCUUACAACAUUUGGUGUUGGAGAGCUCAGUGCCACGAACGGCAUCGCCGGCGCCUUCUCUGAACAUGUACCCGUUCUGCAUAUCGUCGGAGUACCAAGCACUUCACAGCAAAAGAGUAAACCAAUGUUGCACCAUACUCUUGGCGACGGAAGAUUCGACGCAUACCUCAAGGCUGCUCAGCAGUUCACAAUAUCUCAAGCAUCCCUUAACAACAAACGAACAGCUGCAGCAGAAAUCGAUAGGGUCCUCACGGAUUGUGUCAUUAUGGCUCGUCCGGUGUAUCUUAUGCUUCCAACGGACCUUGUACACGAGAAAAUCCCGGCCAAGCGUCUCCAGACACCCUUGAACACUCAACCUCAGGAGAAUGACCCUGAAGUAGAAGCAUUCGUCUUGGACGAGAUCAUGAAGCUCGUGAAGCAGGCUGAAGAAGAUAUCAUUAUCCUUGUUGAUGCUUGCGCAGUCCGACAUGGUGUCAAGGAGGAAAUGAGAGAGCUACUUCAAAGGACUCAUUUCCCUGUCUUUUCGGCUCCUAUGGGAAAGACGGCUGUGCCCGAGACGUAUGAGCGUUACGGAGGUAUGUAUGUUGGUUCGAUUAGCCGACCGGAAGUCAAGGAAAGAGUCGAGAAUGCCAGAUUAAUCUUGUCUGUUGGCGCACUCAAGAGUGACUUCAAUACUGGUAAUUUCACCUACCACAUUCCAGCGACGAAGACUGUCGAACUUCAUUCUGACCACACUCGAGUUCAAUUCGCCGCCUACCAUGGCAUCGGCAUGAAACGUCUCUUGCCAAAGUUGACCGCCCGGCUUCAACCCCUGAACGAAGGCGCAAAGUUGCUCUCAGUACCCAAGUUCUUAUCACCUGUGCCUCAAGAGGACAACCAGAUUAUCUCGCAGAAUUGGCUCUGGCCGCGCGUUGCUCAGUUCUUCAGGCCGAAAGAUGUCAUUGUUGCGGAAACUGGAACGUCGAGCUUCGGAAUCCUGGAUGUACCUCUGCCCCAUGGUGCCAUCUUUGUAUCCCAGAUUUUGUGGGGUAGCAUUGGCUGGACUGUCGGGAGUACUCUUGGAGCUGCGCUUGCUGCUCGUGAGCGUCAGCUUGGCCGAACGAUUCUCUUCGUCGGAGAUGGUAGUCUUCAACUCACAGUGCAAGAGCUGUCGGUUAUGUUACGAACUGGUGUUACUCCUAUCAUCUUUGUGCUCAACAACAGUGGAUACACCAUUGAGCGAUUCCUGCACGGCGAACAAGCCAAAUACAACGACAUUACGAAUUGGUCGGUUGUCUUGUCUUUUAUGUCCUCUAUCCAUGUUAACAGCAGUGUCUUUCACCAGGAAAUGGACAAGUCUUCUCGAAACGUUUGGCGGCAUAGAAGGGAAGACCUCUCAGUCAUAUACCGUCCGCACAAAGGACGAACUCUCCAAACUCCUAGACGACGAGUCAUUCGCAAAAGCUGACAAGAUCCAGCUUGUUGAGUUGAUUAUGGAGAAACUAGAUGCUCCCAAUAGCUUGAAGGUUCAGGCUGAACUGAGCGGUCAGACCAACAAGUAUAUCUCGCUGGGCCUUAAAACUGCCUAGACGCUUCAAAUGGUUUUGUUCUGUUGACUUGUUUCAUGAGAUUUGCAUUUUGAAUAGUAGAAAGAAGAAAGGACUCUUGAUUCAUUUGUACACGAGCAAUGUAUCCAAUCCUUCAUGUUGUAGUUGUAUGUUCACUAGACGAAUGUAUUCUUACUGGGCUAACAUUGAAUAUUGAUCCUGGGAA